AUGGUUAUUAAAGGAUCAGAUAAAGAACUGCUUUGUUGUACUAUUUACCUAGCACUGCUGAUGUUUUCAGCUGUUGUAGCGGAUGAUGCCUGCCAACUUUUUGACGGUUUCACGUUUGUCAACGGCUACUGCCUCAAAGUUUUCAACGUCCAGUUUAAAUGGCAGGAGGCAGAGGCGUUCUGUAAAACAAGACUUUACGGCGGAAAACUGAUUGAGAUUUUGACAGAGGAAGAUCGAGUGGGACUUCAAAGUCUCAUCACGUCAAAGGGUGUGAACUAUACUUAUUUCCAGAACUUCUGUACUGUUGCUAUAUCUGGUGGCUCUCUGGCUGAAAUGUUGUCCGAACAAGAAAAAAGUGUUGUGAAAAAUCUGGUGGUGACCAAUGGGCAGCCAGCGUGGCUUGGUGGCCGGUUCUCGUCCGGCACCUACAACUGGACUCUGGCACCGGAAGUGCCCAUCCCACAGAACAUCUGGUGUUACUACGAGCCCAACAACUUUGGAGGGGCAGAGAACUGCGUGAGGGCAGAGACCGGGGCAUGCCUGAACGAUGGGCAGUGCGGGGACUUGCUGCCCUUUAUAUGCCAGUCACCCAACAACAGCUGUAGCUCUUCAUCUGGUCUCAUGGUCAACGGCAAGUGUUACACAGUUGUGAAUACAACUUUACAAUGGGCAGAUGCAUUGCAAUACUGUAAAGCAAGAGGCGGAACACUAAUGGAGCUGUUGACUGAUCGAGACUAUACUUUCCUGCGAUCUAUUCCUCUGUUAAAUACUUCAUACAUAUGGGUGGGAGGAAGUGACCUGAAGGAGGAGGGCAAGUUCCUCUGGGCCGGCACCCAGACGGCCAUCCGGACCAACUGGUGGGGAUUUGAGAUGCCAGACAACAACCUGGGGACGGAGGGCGCCCUGGAGAUGUUGAACUUCGGGUUCCUGAACGACGAGCCCAGGGUCAACAACAAGAGCUUCGUCUGCCAGAGAGUAUGGAUUGGGGCCAAUGACCUCCAGCUGAGCCGGUAUUUCCGGUGGGUGACCGGCAACCAGUCGAUCCCCAGCGGCACCCUGCAGCUGUCCAGUCUGGGUGAACAUUGCCUGGCCUGGCGCAGGUCUGGGACGGGAGUCACGUGGGAGGACAGGACGUGUGAGGAGAGCCAUGGCUUCGUGUGUAUGACUGGUGAGUACACGUGUGAGGGUGGGGAUUUUUUUGAAGAUGAUCUACCGCCAGUUGUGAGGGUGGGGAUUUUUGAGGGUGGGGAACAGAAGCACCACCAAAUGUGA